CUUCGCCGGGCUCCUUCUCCUCCUCUACGGCGCCUGCUGCAGUCAAGAACUCCUCCUCCACUGCUUCUUCUCCGCCGUUCGUCUUCGGCACCACCUCCUCGGGCUCUUUCGCCGCCUCGGGCUCUCAGUUUUCCCCCCUCUUCUCCUCCGGCGCCCCCGCUCUCUCUGCUGUCCCGGCACCUGUGCUGCGUCUCCUGAUCUUCGGCGACCACGUCACCAAUCAUAUCCAGUUCCUCCUCAACCCCACAGAUCACAAUUAUCACAAAUGGAAGACCUUCUUCCUCAUGGUUCUUCUUUUUGCUAUGGCGUGUCCUACCUCAUUGAUCACCCACCCCCUCCCAACGCCACCGCCCAAUAUCUCGAGUUGGACUCCCAUGUCGUCUUGUGGAUCUACGCCACCCUCUCCGAUAGGAUGUGUGACCAUGUCGUCGGCGCGACUACCACCUUCGCUCUCUGGCACAAGAUCACAGACUUCUUCCUUGCCAAUCGCGCCGCUCGCUACAUGAUUCUUAAUCGCCAGUAUUGCAACCUCAAGCAAGGUGAUCUUUCGGUCUCCAAAUACGCGCGCCGUAUGAAACUCCUCACCGAUGGCUUGGCUGACAUCGAUCACGCCCUCACUGAGGUGGAUCUCAUCACCCAGUUUCUCCACGGCCUCGACAAGCGGCUCGACACCGUCCGUGUUGUCCUCGGCGAUCAGGGCCUCCCCUUCGACACUGUCCUCUCCAGGGUCACCCUAGCGGAGGAGUCCCAAGAGCAGCGCGCGACCGAGAAGAACGCCUCAGCGUUCGCUCUAACCGGUGCCGGAUCUUCUGGUGGCAGCUGCAGCACGGGCGGCCGCGCCACCAACGAUCGUGGUGAUCACUCCUCCGAUCGCUCCAACGAUCGUGAUGGCGGUGACCGUGGUGGCCGCGGCGCUCCUCAUCCGCCACCCACGCCCACUGGUGACCGCCGUGGCCGUGGCUGUGGCAACAAUUACGGGCGCAACUUGCCCCUCCUGCAGCGCCUUCACCGGCUGCUUCGCCCCCUACGGUAUGGCGCUGCCGCACCCGCGCUCGGGCUGGGUCCCUCCCAAUGCCGCUGGUGUGCUCGGCCCGCGCCCCGGGUCUCAUGCGCAGGCCUACCCGGUGCUCCAGUCGCCUCCAGCUCCGUUCUAUCCUCCUCAGCCACCAUCUUGGUAGCACGCCGCCAUGCUCAACGCCGCCUACGGCAACGGCGGCUUCCCGCCCCAGCCUGCGCUCGAGUGGUACCUUGACAGCGGUGCAUCCUCCCACGUGACAGGCAAUCCAGGAUCUUCGCACUCGGAGGGUUCUCAUGAUCUCCGUUAGCCAUGGCGAUAUCUACCCCUUCUUCGGCAAUAAACGAGCUCCACCAUCCGUCCUCACCAUCUCCACGUCGGAUUUGUGGCAUUGCCGGCGCGGACAUCCCGGCGCGCGCUCCUUGUCCACCUUAACGAAGGAUUUUCUUAGCCCGUGUAAUAAUGAAGCUGACUCACCUUGUAGUGCUUGCCAAUUAGGCCGCCAGCCGCGCCUUCCCUUCUCCUCCUCUUUUAGCAAAACUUUUGCACCGUUUGAUUUAAUACAUUGUGACAUGUGGACAUCUCCAAUUGUAAGCUUUUCCGGCUACAAGUACUAUAUUAUUGUGCCGGAUGAUUUUACUCACU